GUCUGUGACUUUACGUCAUUUACAUUUUGUAGUGUAGCGGUAUGGUGAAAGCGCUUAGUAUUAAAUAAAAUAGAAAUAAUUUAUUGUAUUGCUCUUUAAACUAUAUUCUAAAAAUGGAAGUUUUAGUUGCAAACGUAGAUCAUAUUAAAUUUGAUAUAGAUUACGCUUUAGAAGAACAGUAUGGAGCUCUCCCGUUACCUUUCCCAGGAAUGGACAAAUCUACAGCAGCAGUGUGCGAGUUUUUUAGUCAACCUGGUGGAUGCUCGAAUGGGCCUCAAUGCCCCUACAGGCAUGUCCGGGGUGAUCGUACGGUUGUUUGUAAACAUUGGCUCAGGGGCCUUUGCAAAAAAGGAGAUCAGUGUGAAUUUCUUCAUGAAUAUGACAUGUCAAAAAUGCCAGAGUGCUACUUCUAUGCUAGAUUCAAUGCCUGUCACAAUAAGGAAUGCCCCUUUCUUCACAUUGACCCUGAGAGUAAGAUCAAGGAUUGCCCAUGGUAUGACCGUGGCUUCUGUCGUCAUGGACCUCACUGCCGGCACAGACAUGUGCGGCGUGUUCUGUGCAUGAACUAUCUUGCUGGAUUAUGCCCUGAUGGUCCAAACUGUAAAUUCAUGCACCCUCGAUUUGAGCUUCCAGCCCCACCAGAGCAAACAAAAGAUGCCAAGAGAUUACCAGUGUGUCACUAUUGCUCUGAAGCUGGUCACAAAGCUUCCAAUUGCAAUAAAAUACCACAGGAGCAAAGAGAAGCAGCUCAAAGACAAGAAGAGGCAAGGUACAGGGCUCUAGGUUAUAUAAAACCAGCAAAUGAAAAUGAGGACAUUAAUGCUCAGAGAUUGCAACGUAUCAUCCACAAACCCUUAGAAGAAGUGACUUGCUUUAAAUGUGGUACUAAGGGACAUUAUGCCAAUAAGUGCCCUAAGGGUCAUCUUGCCUUCCUUUCAAGUCAAGCUAGUCAAAACAAUUCUAAUCCUGUGUUCAAAAAACCUAACUAGUAUAAGUAUUUGAAGCCUUAACUUAACAAGGCUUCAUGGACAAAAGUGACCAAUUUGUGAAUAGUGUUGACAUAUAAAAACUAUGUUUCAAGUUCAAAUUUUACAAAUUUUGUUUUCAUAUAAAGUACAAUGGACACAGAAUUGUGUAAGUGCACUGUG